UUUGGUUUAUCUUUUCAACUGUCUCCAGCAAACUUAGGGUUGUGAUCAUAUCGUGAAAUGUCUGUUUAGGGUAUUAACUGUCCCUCUGCUGGAGGUGACUGUCUCUCUCCCUGUACUAUCUGACAGGUGGCUGCAUACUGUGCAAACCGCUUUCCUGCUACACUGCAAAGUCAAGACAAGCUGAAACUAGUGGUGGGUUAAGGGCACAUAUGGCUGACUUUGCAUGGAAACUUCUGAAUAGUAUUCAGUCACUUCCAGGUUUUAGCUGAUGGAGCAACAGAAACGGGCAAUAACUUCUGGCAAAGAGGCAGAAACUAUUACUUCUGAAAUGGCUGCUUCACCAUGGUUGAAGUGCACUUAAAGCAAUUUAGAUCAACUAAUGGAAAUGUUGUGAAUGUCUGUUUCCCAAUUCUAGACCUUACAGUAAACCAUAAGAAGGGCUGACCGGUUCAGACAAAAUGUCGCCCAGCUCCAUGUCUUGUUUUUGAUGGUAUCGUCAGCAGAUGCUUAGAGAGAGGGUGUAAGAGUAUGUAAUACAGGUCAGUCCUUUCCCAGUAUAAUUUGCUGUUAGGAGAGAUUUUGGAAAUCUACAGUUUAAGAACUUUCUAAACUACAGAUCACAUGUGGAUGAUCACAUACAAGUGGGAAGCCUUAUUCAUGUAAGCAGGACUUUAGUUUCACUUCCUCAAACAUAUCAAGUAAAAGCUCGUUCUGUAUGAAUACUUCAGUAAAGUGAGUUUUGUGCUUUGCCUCUUGUAUUACAAAACAUUAUGUUGUAUGUUGUGCUUCCUGUUUCAGCUGUUUUGGUAGCUGAUCAACACUGUUCGUUUGUCCUAAAAAUGUUGAAGUAAAAUAGAAUAAUUGAUUUCAAAAAGGAGGCUUUUUUGCAAAAGAAAAGCGAGGUUUGUCACUGUGUACUGUAUGGAGUCACUGGAUCAGGCAAACUUUGACAAGAGGGUUCUGCAAAAAUGGUCAGUGAAUAGGGACAGCAGGAUAAGCUGUUUGCUUUGCAGGCUGAAUCCUCCCGCUUGAAGAAAGAGGAACUGGAGGUGGAACAAGCAGUUGUGCAUCACAAGUUGCCUGCAUACGUGGCCAACAUGGAUCGACUAGGGGACUCUGAGCUUGAUAUGACCUGCAGCCAGAGGAGUACUACACAUUCUCUUCAGUCCCGGGGAGGCUUUCUGUCCUCUUUUCUUUCUCAAAGUAAAAAGGGCCCUUCCAGACCACCCCAUCCAAGUGGGGCAUCUCCAACGCAGACUGGCAGUAUGCUGCUAGGGAAGAAAGAACCAACAAAUCACCAGAGUGCCAAAGGAAAAGAAGGAACAGUGAGCUGUAAGGACGGGAAGAGCCACUUGAGUGGGUUAGUAGCAGGCGAGUCAAGUUCCCUGCAGCAGCGGCAGAAGCGCUUGCAAGAGCAUGGGAAGGAAAGGAAGGAACUGCUGUCGAAAGGGACCUUUCAGGGCCAAAGUGCUGAGAAGAAAACAGAUAUUAGCACAGCUGAGACAGAGCUGUGCUCAGAGCUGCGUGCUGAGCAAACAGAGACUUCAACCAAAAUGCCUGUCAGCAGUGCAGAGGCCGUGGGGGUCCGGCAGGAGCAGCCUUUCAUUGUCCUGAGCCAGGAGGAGUAUGGGGAGCACCAUUCAUCCAUCAUGUACUGCAGGGUUGAUUGUUCUGGACGGAGGGUGGCCAGCUUGGAUGUGGACGGGGUCAUCAAAGUCUGGUCUUUUAACCCCAUAAUGCAAACUACAGCUUCAUCCAUUUCCAAAUCUCCGUUGCUGUCUCUGGAAUGGGCGACCAAGCGUGAUCGGCUGCUAUUGCUUGGCAGUGGGGUUGGGACGGUUCGUCUUUAUGACACAGAAGCGAAGAAGAAUCUCUGUGAAAUCAGCAUUGAUGAAGACAUGCCCAGGAUCCUCUCGCUUGCCUGCAGCCCAAGUGGUGCCUCCUUUGUCUGUUCUGCGGCAGCCCAAAGCCCCAUCUCCCACAUGGGCUUCUCAGCAGUCAGCUCUGGGGGCAAAAGCAUGAACCAAGUUCCUGGGAAGCUGCUGCUGUGGGACACUAAAACAAUGAAGCAGCAGCUGCAGUUCUCCCUGGAGCCUGAGCCCAUUGCUAUUAACUGCACAGCCUUCAACCACAACGGCAACCUGCUGGUCACCGGGGCUGCAGAUGGGAUUGUUCGUCUCUUUGAUAUGCAGCAGCACGAGUGCGCCAUGAGCUGGAAGGCACACGAUGGGGAAGUCUACUCCGUUGAGUUCAGCUAUGAUGAGAACACAGUCUACAGCAUAGGCGAGGAUGGCAAGUUUAUUCAGUGGAAUAUUCACAAAAGUGGCUUGAAGGUGUCUGAGUACGAUCUUCCCAGCGAAGCUACGGGUCCUUUUGUUCUGUCCGGGUACAGUGGCUACAAGCAAGUCCAGUUCCCACGAGGGAGGCUUUUUGCUUUUGACUCUGAGGGCAACUAUAUGUUGACGUGUUCUUCUACUGGGGGAGUCAUUUUUAAGUUGAACGGUGAGGAAAAGGUUCUGGAGAGCUGCCUUUCCCUGGGAGGACACAGAGCUCCCGUUGUCACAGUGGACUGGAGCACGGCCAUGGACUGCGGGACCUGCCUCACCGCCUCUAUGGAUGGGAAGAUUAAAUUAACAACCUUACUGGCUCAAAAGUCUUAACCUGGACAGUGCCGAAGGGAAAGAGCAAAAGACUUGACAAAACUAGCGUGAACUCCACAGGAACAAACUGCAUGGGAGAGAAGGCAAACCACAGUCCCUCUUCUCAUUGUAGCUUUUGCCUCUUGACAAAAGUUAAAUACAUUUGCCAAACCACUGUGCAGUAGAAUGCUGGUAUGGGACCGGAUCAGUGGCAGCACUGAAAAAUAAGUCUUCACUGAUCCAUAGUGGCAGCUGGACCCACUCUGUUAGGGAGCCUUGAGUAGCAUGUGGCUAGAA